UUGAAUUAUAUCAAGGAGAAUUUUAAUUAUUAAAAGUUAUUUAUUAUAUCUACAUCAUGGAAAAUACCAAGGAUGCACAAGAACUACAAGCAUUUAAAACAGUAUUAUUGCACUGUAUGGUGAUACUAGCCUUACCUGUAAUAUCAUUUUUUAUUAGCAAGAUUUUUAUUUUUGAUGGUUUAUUGGGAUUUCCUGACAUUGCAAGCAAUGUAUAUGCAUCCGCAGUUUCGAUUCUCGUGCUACACAUAGGCCUGGGAUCUUUUAUAUAUCGUGCAUAUUUCGAUAAUCAAGCAAGGAAACAAACGAAGCGAGAGUAAUCAUUGAUUUGUUCGUGUUUGAAACACAUAUGUAAUUAAGUACACCUUCUUGAUAACACAUUUAUUCGCGUAUAAUGAUUGAAAAAAAGAUGUUACAUUAUAUUGUAUUACAUUCUGUAAUCAAAUACUUCUUUGUUAAUAUUUAGGUAAUAUUUUCCUUUUUCUUCGUUUUAUUAAAUACUGUGAAUUGUGUAAAGAGCGAGUAUACCUAAACUUGUAUCAAUUAAUCAAACAUAAUCACUAAAUAAAAAAAGCAAUGACAUUCCCACACAGUACUUGCAUAUUGUACAGCACAAACUUUGCAAUAUACAUACAUCUAUAUAGAAUAUGAUUCCAUUACAUAUUUUGCUUUUAUAUUUGAGAAAUCUUGUAGUAGAUUAUUUUAUAGAUUAUAGUGCUUUGAUACACUGCACCAGAUGGAUAAAUUAGUUGUAGUGCACUUUAGGAUCACAGUAGAUCAGUGGCGAAAAUACCUUAGUACAAAUUCGCCCCCAAUAACACUGAAUAGUAGUCAUGUAAUUCCUACCUCUGAGGAAGAAUAAAUAAAAUGAAUCGUGUCUAAUAUACAACGCAUUGAUAUAUCACCAACUUCUUUUAGUACCAAUGAGGAACAGUAUCUUUGCAAGAACUAUAGAAAAUAUUUAUCAAAUUAGAUGGAACACAAUUCAAAGGAGAAAAUAUUUUACUUUUAUGAAAAGCUAUGAAUUAUG